ACCUAUGUACUUAAUAUCAUAGAUUAUUAAUAUAUUGAAAUCUGCCUAUAUUUUCUACGUCUGACAACCACAUUCUUCAUUUGGAUAGGCAUCCAAAACAAGAAGCAAAAUGUCAGCACAUAAGACCUUCAUAAUAAAACGCAAAUUAGCGAAAAAGCUUAAGCAAAACAGACCUAUUCCACAAUGGGUAAGAAUGAGGACAGGCAAUACAAUUCGUUAUAACGCCAAGAGACGUCACUGGCGUAGAACCAAGCUUAAGUUGUAAAUUGCCGUUAGUAUAAUAAAACCACUAUAAAUAUUA